AUGGAUCAGACAAUAGACGUGAGUCAGACCAGGCCUGUCUGGUAUCUGACUCCUCUCCCCCUCUCUCGCGUCAACCCUUCCGCCAUCCGGCCUCGACUGCCCGUGCGCGGUCAUGUUCCUUCCCUACAUUCUCUCUGUCUGAACACAAUCUCAGUCAGUUUCGACCUGUUCGAGCCUUCAUCAUUCGAUGGAAUGAGCCCACUACUGUUGAAGCGCAUCUUCAGCCGCGUUCGCUCGGAUAGAGAGUACGAGGACCACCAGGAAGAGAUGGCCUUGUCCCUGAAUCCCGACGAAGCGACCAUCUGGGCGUAUAAUGCCCUACUACAAGGGCGAGACGCUGGCUCCUUCAAUCUGGGUCUCCCUCUUAAGACUACUCUGGCGCACCUGCGCCCCAAUAAAUACGCGCCAGAUGCUCAGCACCCCCUAAACCUAUUACCUUCCCUGUUCCAAAACCCCAAGUCUAUCGUCAACACAUCCUUGCUCACGUCGUUGACGUUGGAUGCGAUGGACGAUCUGAUAGACGACCAAUCUGUACAGGCUUUGCGGUACUGUACCCAGCUGACAGCCCUCUGGAUGAAGGGCUGUAAAGUAACCGACUCUGGUCUGAGGCUUCUUGCCAGUGCUUUGUCUCUUCCUGGAAAUCGAGACUCCAGGGAUGGGAUGGGAAUGUGGAGACUGAGGGCGUUGUAUCUGGCGGGCUGCUAUGGUGUGUCGGACAGGAGCGCAAAAGUGUUUGCAAAAUGGCCAGGAUUGGUGACAUUGGAUAUACGAGAUACAUCGUGCACUGAAGUGUCCAUGGAUGUCUUGAACAGGGCAAAUCAAACACUCUUUGCGGGGCAGAUUCCCGACUUUCAACCUUGUACAGACAGUUUGGUCCCUCUGUUUGCCUCCAACCUUCCUGCUGCCGAUACUAUAUCAAACCUAUGCUUGACACUCAUCAAGCUUCCUAAAACACGUCCGGAUCUCGUGACCCUCAAUGUCACGUCAUCCUCAAAGCCCAUCCAUCCUCACUUCCUCCCCUUCAUUACUCCGUCUACUUUCUCGAGCAAUCAGCCAUCUCAUCACUCUGUGUAUUUGGAUGGCGAGGAUCGCGUCUUUGGUCAGGAUCUUACGGCGAUCCAUACUAGGAGUGUAGCUCCGGAACCUCGAGAUCCCGCAUCUUCGUUCGACUUUGAGGCGCGAGAACGUAACAAGGCCCCAGAAAACAAGGACAAGAAGGCCGCUACGCCUGCCUCCGAAAGGGCGGAAAAGCGUCAAGUGCAGUGCGAUGGCAACCAGGGGUGGGCAGAAGGGGUUGAUCGGGCGGAACGCUUCUACCGGUAUACCCUUCCAGCAGCCAAUGCUGCUGAAGCUGCUGGGAGUAGUGAACAGCGUAAAGCCGAUGCCAGGGCGAGGGGAGAAGGAGAUAGACGUUUGAUGAUGGUCCGCAUGGUUCCUGAAACAUGGGAUCAGCUGUCAUAUGCCAAGGUAGCUAUGCCAAUUCAAGCAGCCAUCGGCGGCAAAACACAAGUGGCCCAUAAGAGGAGGGGCCUAGAGGAUAUUCUGUCAGCCACGCAGCGUGCUGCGAAAGGCGGCCAAUCAAAAGGCCACUCGACCGAAACAAGAACAAUAGUGGAAAGAGACUCGUCACCAGUUUAUGCGGGCAGUUCCAGCCCGAGUGCAUCUCACCCACCGUCAGAGAGCGAUUCUGGGGGCAUCGUGCGUCACAGGCAGCCGCACAGGGUACUUGAUGCUGGCGGUCGGACUAUUUCGGAUGUUCCCUCGUCCGAACCGUCAGGGCAAUAUGUGUACAAAGCGCCCCCCACCAACAAGGUUCUUUCUACAAUGUAUCGCAAGAAGAAGUCGGCUCGUCCUGCCCCGCCACCUCCUUCCAAACCCUCCCCUUUCGCCCCCCACUCGCGGCACGUGGCGUCCUUGUUGGGCUCGUCUUCCAAAUCGACUCCCAAGAAGACUUCUAGCCAUUCAUCUCCUUCACUCGAGAGCAAAACGGUGCCCUCAGACGUAGGGCCCUCCCCAACACCUUUCACACCGUUGCCGCCAAAGCCCCAUCUCAAUCCGUUUGCCCCCAAACGCCCUACCAUGUUGGCAUCGUCGUCUCCGACAUCAGCCACCGAUGCUGACGGCUUGAGUUUUGACAGUGAGCCGGGGAAGAAGAGGACAUUUGGUGGGGUACAAGGGGGCGACACGAAGCGGAGAGGAAUGAAGAUGUUUUCGGGAAAGCCCACUGGAAUGCUGUUGAAGCGCGGUGGUACUUGA